GAAACACCCUCGGUGACGGAGACGAGCAUCGUGAGGAGAGAGAGAGAGACAGAUGGAGGUGGAUGUGAUCUGAAUGCUCAUUAACUGGGACAAUAUGUGAAAACAUUUGUUAUAUUCGUGCUCGCCGAGAAUUUAAGGGGUUUUGCUGUAGCAUAUGCGGUAAAUAUGUGUAAGUGAAAGAUGGAAGCGUGGGUUUGAUGAAGAAGCGAUAGGAUGCUCGGACGAUAAACGUAUGGAUGAAUCCAAACAAGCGACGCCGCCGUAUGUUGAAAAGAAAGAGCUGAAUAAAGGUGGUGUGAACAAAAGAAGAGGUCUUCUGGAUAUGUUUUGAAAGGUGUGUGGUGGAGGGAUGAAGGCGGUGUUGACAUCCAGACGGCAGCGGCUCUUCUAUCGGCUCUCUAUAUGUGCUGUCGGGCUCAUCGCAAUUUACGGCUUUACUCAAAUUCUUCAUGUAACAGCCCAUUCCAAAGAGGACUCUGACAUUAUCUGGGCCCGGCGUAAGCUAACCCAGCAGAGCAUAGAGGAGAACCAGACAUCAAGCACACCUAGAGCUGCUAUCAAUGAAUUUCCUCAAGACAUCUUCACUAAGACACAGAGGAGACAUGGAGCAGUUCUCCUGCAUGUGUUUUGUGCAGUUUACAUGUUCUAUGCUCUUGCUAUUGUCUGUGAUGUCUACUUUGUACCCUCUCUGGAAAAAAUCAGCGAGAACUUGCACCUUAGUGAAGAUGUUGCUGGUGCCACCUUCAUGGCAGCGGGCAGCUCCGCCCCUGAGCUUUUCACAUCUUUGAUUGGUGUGUUUAUUACCAAGGGAGAUCUCGGGUUGGGAACUAUUGUGGGAUCAGCUGUUUUCAACAUCCUGGUCAUUAUUGGUGUAUGUGGCAUAUUUUCUGGACAGACAAUUUCUCUGACCUGGUGGCCGCUCUUUCGUGACUCUAUAUACUACAUCCUCUCUGUGUUGGCCUUGAUUCUGAUCAUAUAUGAUGAAAAAGUAGUCUGGUGGGAGACAAUACUCCUCAUAUCAAUGUAUGGUGUUUACAUCCUGAUAAUGAAGUUUAACAGUCAGAUCUGGGGCUGGGUGGAGCAAAGAUUUGGCAUCCCAGGUCAGCCAUGUUUGGUAAGCAGUCUCCGCAGAGAUGUGUCAGUAGGAGAGGCAAGCGCACACUGUGACACCUCGAUGAUCCUCUUGAAGAAAGGUCAGAAUGCGGGUGGCCAGGACUCCCCGGUGGUGAUGGUGGAUGAGUUGAUGAGUCUACACCCUCACCAGUUCUCUUUCUCAGAGGCAAGCCUCCGUGUCAUGAUCACGCCCCACUUCUCCCCCCGCACUCGCCUUAGCAUGGCCGGACGCAUGCUCAUCACUGAGAGGCAGAGGCUGAUUAGAAACAGGAGCCCUGGAGAUAGCAGUGGCAGUGGAGCAGGAGACACACCUGGACUAGAUGGUCCAGGUACAGAGGGGGUUCCUUGGGGUCUGGAGAAUGGAGGGGCCCUUGAAAGUGAAACACAGCCUCUUGAGGAACCCAGGCAAAGAGGUCCAGGAGGGGAACUAGAGAGGAUAGGGAACACAGAGGACACGCAGCCUAAAGAGGAUGAAGAAGAGGACGAGGACGUAGAUGAAGAACAGCCCUUCAGACCUCUUACAAUCCCAGAGGGGCACUGGAUGCAGGUGAAGUGGGUGUUUUCAUGGCCCUUAGGCUUCCUGCUGUACUACACUGUGCCCAACUGCGUUUUGCCUCGCUGGGAGCGCUGGUUCAUGGUUACUUUUGUGGUCUCAACACUCUGGAUUGCCGUCUUCUCCUACCUCAUGGUGUGGAUGGUCACCAUUAUCAGUUUUACAUUGGACAUUCCAGAUGUUGUCAUGGGUAUUACAUUUUUAGCAGCAGGCACCAGUGUACCAGACUGCAUGGCUAGUCUCAUAGUUGCUCGUCAAGGUAUGGGAGACAUGGCCGUGUCCAACUCUAUUGGUAGCAACAUCUUUGAUAUUCUGCUUGGUCUUGGUUUUCCAUGGGCUUUACGUACAUUAGUGGUUGAUUAUGGGUCAACGGUCUUUAUUAACAGUAAGGGGUUGGUGUACUCAGUGAUCCUACUUCUUGCUUCUGUUUUUCUCACUGUACUGAGCGUACAUUUGAACCACUGGAGGUUGGACCGGAGGUUAGGAUUUGGGCUUAUAUUCCUGUAUUCCAUCUUUCUGCUCUGCUCCAUCAGCUUUGAGAAGCUCUAAGUUCCAAUUUCUGUAUUUUGGCCAAUUGUAGCACAGAUCUAGACCCACAUGUUUUAUCCCCAGCCUUAUUAGUAGCAGUUAUUUCAGCUAUGGAUUAGGGCAGGCUGGUGAACAUUACAUUGACCACUUAGUUGUGUCUGGUGGGUUAAAAGCAGGUUAGUUAUGCUUUGAGUCAAUAAUCUGCUUGACAGUGCUGCCAAACCCAAGGAGACUGUUGCUUACUGUACUGUAACAUUUCUACAUAACAUACCGAGAGUAAAAAUCAAUUUCAGAUACAAGAUGUGAUGAAUUUAUACAAGGUGAAAUAAAUGUUUACAGCACACAGGACACUUCCUGAAUCACAUUUGACAUAUUUCUAUUCUGCAGUCAUUACAAGCAUGUUAUGAACAAAAAUUAUGAUAUUGCAAAAAUAAUGCUCAAAAAAGUUAAAGGGGCCAUGGCAUGAAAAUCUGACUUUUUCCAUGUUUAAGUGCUAUAAUUGGGUUCCCAGUGCUUCUAUCAACCUAGAAAAUGUGAAAAAGAUCAACCCAGUAACUUAGUUUUGGUAAACCAUUCUCUGCAAGCACGUGAAAAAAUAGGUCAUUGAAAUUUGGCUCCCCUUAUGAUGUCAUAAGAGAUCUUAUUAUAAUAAUACCGCCCCUUAAUCUGCACUAUCCAACCACGGCACAGCCAUUUAGUGCAGAGAGAAAGAGAGAAAAUAAUUCACAGCACAAUUGAGUUUCAAUUGCAACAUUAUUUUACAUCUUAAAAAUGUCUUGUGACAUGGCCCCUUUAACUCUUGUGACAGAGAGCUGUCUCAAUAUACUUUAUUGCAUUAUUAUUUUGCCUUAUUUAUUUUUGACUUUAGGUUUGUACACAUAGUAGGAUUUCAUGAGUAUAUUUAAGAGGAAUUGGACAUUAUUUUGUGUUUUCCUUAAAAAAAUAAAAUGUAUUGGUAUUUUAAAGUUAAAAUUGUUGUAGUAUUACUGAUUAACCAAAAAUACCAAUCGUAUUUGGUAGGUGUUUACAUAUCAAACACACAUAGUUUUAUAUAAAGUGCCACUUAGAAGUGUCUUACACAGUUUGAAAUGUAGUUGAUUUUGUGCCCCAUGCUUUUGGAUAAUGUAGAAAUAUUGCUGUCCAUUAUUCAUAUGACACAUUUAUUAUACACAUGCCUUCAUAUUUAAUUGUAUGUCACAAAAUGAGUGAAUGACACCUAACAAACUCAUCUUCCUUCACUUCACUUGCUCUUUCCAGCAAAUUAAACAAAAAAUAUACAUUUAAUUUGAAUCUGAAUUAGUGUUUUGUUGUUGUUAUUAUUGGUAACACUUUACAAUAAGGUUGUAUUAGUUAACAUUAGUAAAUGCAUUAACUAACCUGAACAAACAAUGAACAAUAUAGUUUUUCAACAUGUAUUCUUGUUAAUGUUAGUUCAAUACAAUUAUUUAUCUUAUACAUGGUGCACUCAUUAAUGAUACAAGUUACAAGGCUUGAUUUUGUAUUAGUAUAUGCCAAAAUUAACAUGAACUAAUAAUAAUAAAUGCUGUAUUAUUGCUAUAUUAUUCAUUGUUAGUUCAUGUUAGCUAAUGCAUUAACUAGUUGUUAACAAAUACAACCCUAUUGUGAAGUGUUGCCUUAUAUUUGUAUAUAUUUUUAAUUUUAUUUUGAAAUGGAUUGGAUGUAAGAUCCUACAUUGCAUAACUUUUACAGAAUGGCAUAUUCACUUUGAGCUAAAAAUAUUAUUGGGUGAGUUUGGUAAAAUGAGGGCAAACAUACAGCAGUGUUUUAAUUGUUGUAAAGUUACAUUUAGUUAUGUUUGACCUUUGAGAUUUUUUUCUUAUGUUUUGGUUCUGCGAUAUGUACGUAUUAAAAAUGUUCACUCUUUUAUUAAACUUUAAACAUAAAUUGAAUUAAAGAUGUCCAGAACCAAUAAUCAUCUCAUAUUUCCAAUUUUGUUAUUAAAUGCAAACCCGACCCAUUUCAUUUCUUCUCACCAAAAUUGUUCAAUUUAAUGCAUAUUAUAUUUUUCAUCAGUGAAACCAUUUAUAAUAAGAAAUAUGUGUUGAUUACAUUUGUGUGAGAAAUAAAUAUUAAAUAAAUGAGUUUGAAUCUUAUUAUGAGGAUAAUUGAAUGUUUUAUUUUCAUUUUAGAAAUCAUAUUGACGCAACUUAUUAUUACUAGCUCAUAAUUUGUUAAAGUUCUGUCAGUAUUCUUAAUGAUAUUUGUAAGUUGUUGAGUGCAAUAAAACAAGGUUUGUGCAAUAUCCCCAA